AUGGCAGCUGCAAGGAGGAGGAAAGGAAGCGGAAGUAAAAAUACCUCAAUCGUAUCGAGUUCCAAGGACGACGUUGUUGUGGCAGAAGAUGAGCUGAGCGCCAUUAAUGCAAUGGCUUACCAUAUACACAGUCGCAGCAGUAUUUGCAAAAGAACGACAAUAAUCAUAAUUUGCUCAGUAUGUUUUGGUCUGGCGUUAACAUUCGGUAUCCUAUAUGGGUUUGCUGCUACUUCGAUGUCAACCGGCCUAAGCGCCAGCCAGCUAAGCGGAGGUGAUUUGACAAAGGUAUGCUGCAGAGGACGUCAAAAAACUUUUUCGCCAUGGUCCUAUUCCUGUGAGAAUAAUCAGUGUGUCAAGAGACCUGGACUUCCGCAAACAAGAAGCCAAUUGCUCAGUUCGUGCAAACUAACUUGCGGUAAUUCCGGUGGGAUUUGGCCCAAACCCCGUGGCACGACCCGCAUUGCAAACACAACGGUGCCCAUUAUACCAAGCAAAAUCAAACUGAACCAAGUAACUUGCACUGGUGGCAGCUGUGGGAGCGAUGUCACGACGAUGGUUAAACAGGCAUUUUCUCUCUUUUUCAAUUUAACAGUCGACUCGUGCUCUACCCCAGCCACCGAAGUUGAUGUGUCGAUAUGUCAGAAAGAGCCACAAACAAACAGCGUUGAAAUAAAAAUCACUCUCAAAGCUCAGGACAUUAAGCUCACACUUUCCACUUCAGAGGCUUAUAACCUUACUAUCAAUACUUCUGGGGGGCUUGUCACUGUUAAUAUCGCUGCUGACACUUUUUACGGCGCCCGCCACGCUUUAGAGACAGUGAGUCAGCUGAUCAGUUACGAUAUGCUAAGCGAUUCACUUCAAAUUGUUUCCAGUGUCGAUAUCAAAGACAGUCCUGCCUUUCCAUAUAGAGGAGUUAUGCUGGACACGAGUCGAAACUUUUUCUCUGUCAAAAGCAUUCUCAAAUUAUUAGAUGCCAUGUCGUACAAUAAGCUGAACACUUUCCACUGGCAUAUAACUGACACGCACAGUUUUCCUAUUGUUAUUGAAAAGCUUCCAAACAUGUCGUAUUACGGUGCAUAUUCAGAGCGUGAAAGGUACACUGUAGAAGAUGUUAAAAAGAUAGUCAGUCACGCAGCAGUGCGCGGGAUACGUGUUGUACCCGAGUUCGAUCAGCCCGCGCACGCUGGUAACGGCUGGCAAUGGGGGGAGGAUGCUGGUUUUGGAAAGAUGGCAUUUUGCGUUAACCAACGGCCAUGGACGUCAUAUUGCGUGGAACCCCCGUGUGGCCAGCUAAACCCCCUUAACGACAAACUUUAUGACGUCCUUGGUACAAUUUAUGAUGAUUAUAUCCAGAGGUUCAAACCAGAUAUUUUUCACUUUGGAGGCGAUGAGGUAAAUGUUAAUUGCUGGAAUACGUCGAAAGAAAUAGUGGACUGGAUGCAAAAGCAGGGGAAAAAUAGAACUGAGAAGGACUUCUUAGAUUUGUGGAACAAUUUUUUGGUGAAAGCGACAAAUGCAUUCAACUCAAAGACGAAGGAAGAAAUACCGUUGGUUGUCUGGUCAAGCAAAAUGACCGAGGAAGCACACCUGACAAAGUACUUGAACAACCGCACAUACAUUGUACACUUGUGGAACGUUGCCACUGACAAAUCGAUACCAAAUAUCCUGAAUAAUGGCUUCAGAGUAAUAUUAAGCAACUAUGACCACACCUAUCUGGACUGUGGGUUUGGUUCAUGGGUUGCUAAUGGCAACAACUGGUGCUCGCCCUACAAGCAGUGGCAGCUCCAAUAUAAUCUGAAUCCAAAAGCGUUUGUGGCCUAUUUCAAUUUGACGCAAGAAAAAGUAAACCUUAUCUUAGGUGGGGAGACAAACAUGUGGUCAGAACAGGUUGACGAAAAUUCAUUGGAAAUGAAGGUUUGGCCUCGAUCAGCGGCCCUUGCGGAGCGAAUGUGGACCAACCCAACAGAGGACUGGAGAGCUGCGGAGCAACGAUUGAUGCAUCAUAGGCAACUUCUUGUCGACAGAGGAAUCCAAGCGGAUGCUCUGAAGCCAUUGUGGUGCUACCAGAACUCAGGCAGAUGCAUUGCAUAAAGCAGGGCCUAAAAUCAAUCGGACAGUGUUUAGAUCUGUUAUAUUGUUUGAUGAAAGCAUCGAGAACAGAGCAAAGUUUUGUGGGAAAAUCAUUUGUAGUACGAGGGCAAUGGUAACACUUAAGUUUUGGAAAAUAUUUGGAAAAAGGUGAGUUAAAAGACACCUCACUACUGAGAAAAAACCUUUCCAUUUUCAAUAGCAUUUUUGUAAAGCCGUUUUUUCUUUUAAUACUUGUUUUCAUCCAGAAAAAAGCUUCUGUUAACAAAACUAAUUCAUUUACAACGAUUUAAGAGAUUUCUAGAACAAUUUUGCUCUGUUUUCACAAAUUAGUUAUAUAUCUUCCUGAUAGAGUAUCUAUAUUUUUCGACACUUUUCAAAUGACGAAAUUCCCUCUUGUUUGGUCUGGCACCGAACUGGGCAUCAUUAAAACAUUUUGUUCAUUCACAUUUUAUAUUUACAAAGAGGAACUCUAGCCAUUGUAAAUAGAUUUUGUUCACAUAUAGCGUGUAUUGAAGCAAUGCUUAUGUCGUUUGUUGAAAUUACUGUUGCUUAAGUAGACAUUUAGCUUUGUAAGUCAGAGUCCAUCAGAAUGGCCUAAAGUUGA